AUGGCGAACGUUCGGGAUAGUGACACAUCGUUGUGGCUCCACAAUAAACUCGGAACAUCGAAUGAUUCGUGGACAACUGGCUCAAUUUGUACACAAUUAAACGCCGAAGUUUUAAAAAACAUCAAGGAUUGUUUUCCAGAUUUGCAAACUCAAGUGAAACUAAAAUUAUUGUUAAGUUUCUUUCAUAUCCCGCGCAGAAAUGUUGAAGAGUGGAGAAAUGAAUUGGAGGAGAUUAUUGAAGUGGCAGCUGUGGACUCUGAUUUGUGGGUGGCGAUGCUUGCCGAGGUUCUCAAAACAUUUCCAUCUCAAGGCACACUUAACACUGAGAUAGCGGAGUUUGAUGAAACGAGACCCAUAUUCAGUGAUAUGAUCGGUGAACUGAGACGAGCUCUUGCUAAACAUUCAGAUUUAGGAUUACUGCCACUCGAGUGCCUAUAUUUAAAUAAAAAUGCCUUAGUAUCUGUGGUCGGCCAACAACCGAAUCCAGUUAAGCACUUUACAUUAAAAAGGAAACCGAAGUCCGUUUCAUUACGUAGUGAACUAUUGGCUAAAGCUGCCGAAGUACAAGCUAACCAGAAGAAAGCUCAAGCACCGACUGUGCCUGUAAGAAGUAGGGGGAUGCCUCGGAAAAUGACUGAUACAACGCCUCUCAAAGGUCUUCCCUCUCGGUGGUCGUCCCGUGGCGGAGCCCGCCCUCCCGUCACACCUCGCCCGCCACCCCGCUCUGGUAUUAAACUCCUGGACAUAGCUGACCAACCGACACAUCUACAGAAUAAGAAGCGACGGAAGAUUGAAAUGGAGGAAGGUGCAAAGAAAGCUCCCCCUGUCGCUCCAUCAUCACCUCCACCAGAUUACGCCAAAGGACUCAAUUACCAGAUGCCCAAAGCAGACGAACCACCACCUCCGAGUUCCACAGAACCUUCAGCGGAGCCUCCUUCAAGCGAAGAACCUCCCGAAGCGCCAUCGCCGCCCCCACCGCCCGCCGCGCCCGCCACUUCACACACCACGCCGCUACUGGUGCACCAGGGCGGCAGUACCAAGCCUUUGCUACUGAGUCAACCCAAGCUAGUGUUGGGCGGCAAGCCGGUGUUGUUAUCGGCACCUGGCCUAGCCUCAGCAGUGUUGUUACAACAGGGAAAGGCUGUAUUGUUACAGAAUAUAAAACCGAUGCCGCAGCAAGUGGUCCAGCAGUCAACGCAACCUAUACAACAGAUAACACAUCCGGUACAAUUAUCCUCCCCUCCAUCGGUCCCGGCCCAGGCCCCCGCCCCCGUGUCGGCCUCCGCCCCCGCGGUCCCUGCAGCCCCCGCGGCCCCAUCACAGCCGCUCCUGCCAAGAAGAGGAUUGUCGCUUACGCGUGAACAAAUGAUGGAAGCUCAAGAUAUGUUCCGGAACGCCAACCGCGUCACCAGGCCGGAGAAGGCGCUCAUACUUGGAUUUAUGGCCGGCUCCAGAGACAACCCGUGUCCCAACCUCGGCAACAUAGUCACGAUAAAGCUAUCAGAAAACAUCGAGAACGUUCUACAAACAGACGACACAUACUUGACCAUGCUAUCAGAGAUGCACUUCCAGAUGAACUACAACAACGGACAAUGGACGCGCCUCAAGAAAUACAGGCAUAUAGAUGGCAUGGUCCCGCAGAAAAUACCUCCCGGAUCUACGGUCAUCUCCUCGAACAACCAGCAACCAGUCGUCUCUAUCGCCAACCAGAGCUAG